CCUGAUGAAAUCACCCUGUGCUGGUCGAAGGCAAGGUGAAUGGAAGAAGAAGAAGAAGAAGAAGAAGAAGAAGAAGAAGAAGAAGAAGAAGAAGAAGAAGAAGAAGAAGAAGAAGAAGAAGAAGAAGAAGAAGAAGAAGAAGAAGAAGAAGAAGAAGAAGAAGAAGAAGAAGAAGAAGAAGAAGAAGAAGAAGAAGAAGAAGAAGAAGAAGAAGAAGAAGAAAAAGUUAUUUGUGGAUGGCGGGGCUAGUCAUAGCCUAAUCCACUAGCCGACGUGACAGUAAAGACAGACCACAAAU